AUGGCCCAAGACAAGAAGAGAAAAGCGGACGAGUUGCCUGUCGAUGAGGAAGUUGUCGUAGUUGAACAACAAGAAAACAAUGAAUCUAAAAAGAAGAAGGUUUUUAGAGAAAAGGAAAGACCUGCUGUUAAAGAAAAUGUAAAAACAGAUUCCGGUCUUGUGGAAAUGGAUGAACAACAAAAGAAACAACUCUCAAAUAUUGUUUGUGAAUUCUUUGAUUCUAACAAGUCUGUCUUUUAUCGUACAUUGACCCUUGUUAGUUUCAUCUCUCGUCUUGAACACACACCAACUUUUUGGAAUUUCAUCAGAACACAAUUUAGCCACGACGAAUACAGAAAGAAGAAGCCUCAAUUCACAACAAUUUGUGAAGACCAAAUCAAACAAGUUGCUCCUAAAUUCUCGAAAUUCUUUAGAGACGAAGAAACAAUAAGAAAACUCUUUCCAGAAGAGUUUGACUACAAUGUCUUCUUUGUGAAAAGGAGAGCCGUCAUGACAUACCCACUUUAUAAUUAUGGUGGAAUUUAUCAAACACAUAUGGCACUUUCUAAUGGAAGUGAUUUCCUAUCAGGGGAACAAGAAGUGAAACAAACAACCCAAACAGAAAUGGAAAAAUUAAUAGAGAAACAACUUUUCGAUAGAGCCUAUCACCUUGUAAAUGGAUAUGAUACUAAAUUGAGAGGAUUUGUAAUGGGUGUUGAAAAUGUUAAAAUUUUGGAAGAAGGAUCAGUGAUACAGUUUGAUACUAACCCAUCCGUUUCAGCAGUAACUAUUGCAGCAACAUUUAUCUUGUUUUCACCAACAUACGGAACAAUUUUGAGAGGUACAAUCACAAAUGUUAAUUAUAACACUAGAAGAGUUUUUUGUAAAGUGCUCAACAUGUUCAAUGCCUCUGUUUUUAUUCCAAAUGAAAAACUUUUACAUGAACUGGUGGCAGGACAAACUAUUCAAUUCACAACAACAUGGUGUGGAGCUAAACAAGGAGAACUUAGUAUUGAUGGUGAAAUGAAACAAACUGAUGGUAUUGUACAAGAACAAAAAACUCAAGAAGAACCUAAGACUGUUGAAGAGGAAUUCCAAUUCGAUGAAACAGAACUUCCAUUCAAUUAA